UCAGCUGCUGUCACAUGACCGUCAUUUAACGCGACCGUUCUGCUGCGUGGCUCCACGGGAGUUCUGCAGUUUGCUUCAACCAUGGUACAAUCGACGGCGUAUUUUAUACUGGGGCUGCUUCCCCUGCUGGCGCUGGUCAGUGCAGCAGGCCGGCGUCCCUCCCCAGGGAAGGAGGCGUGGGGGUACGUGGACGUCCGGGAGGGCGCCCACAUGUUCUGGUGGCUGUACUACGCCGACGGCCCCGCCUCCUACCAGGACCUGCCUCUGGUCCUGUGGCUGCAGGGCGGUCCCGGCGGAUCCUCCACCGGCUUUGGGAACUUUGAGGAAAUCGGUCCCUUGGAUCGGGAGCUGCAGCCCCGCAAAACCUCCUGGGUGCAGGCGGCCAGUGUCUUGUUUGUGGACAACCCGGUUGGAACUGGUUUCAGCUACGUGGACGGGCCGGAUGGCUUCUCCCGGGAUGUGGCCACAGUGGCUUCAGACAUGUUGGUUCUUCUCCGAAGCUUCUUCACCCAGAGGAGCGAGCUCCAGAAUGUUCCCUUCUACAUUUUCUCUGAGUCAUACGGAGGCAAGAUGGCUGCUGCCAUCUCAGUGGAGCUCUCAAAGGCUGUUACUCAAGGUGCUGUUAAGUGCAAUUUUGCUGGCGUGGCACUCGGAGACUCCUGGAUCUCCCCUGUAGAUUCGGUGCUGACCUGGGGUCCAUAUCUCUACAGCACAUCUCUGCUAGACGACUACGGCCUCCUGGAGGUCACGGAGGCAGCCGAGGCAGUGAGGAAGGCGGUGGAGGAGCAGAGCUUCCAGAAGGCCACGGAGCUGUGGUCUGUUGCAGAGAGCGUCGUAGAUCAGAACACGAAUGGGGUGAACUUCUACAACAUCCUGACCAAAGAGGAGGACGAGGAACGUUCUUCACUGGCCAAGGGGGACUUCAUUGCUCUGCUCGCCCGGCGCCACAUCCGCCCGCUGCACAGACAGUCUCUGGUCCAGCUGAUGAACGGAGAGAUCCGGGACAAGCUGGGGCUGAUCCCUCACAACGUCACCUGGGGAGGCCAGGCGGAGGAGGUGUUCAGCUCCAUGGCGGGAGACUUCAUGAGGCCGGUGGUGGCGCUGGUGGACCAGCUUCUGGCGGCCGGGGUCAACGUGAGCGUCUACAACGGGCAGCUGGACCUCAUCGUGGACACCAUGGGUCAGGAGCGCUGGGUGAACUCUCUGGCCUGGGAGGGGCUCCCCACCUAUAAGGGCCUGAGGUGGACCCCCCUGGACGACCCAGCGGCCCCUGGGACCACCGGAGCCUUCUACAAGCGCUACAGGAACUUCUCCUUCUACUGGAUCCUGAAGGCGGGCCACAUGAUUCCCUCAGACCAGGGCGCCAUGGCUCUACAGAUGCUGAAGAUGGUGACUCAGCAGUCCUGACUCUGAAGAUGGUGACUCAGCAGUCCUGACUCUGAAGAUGACUCGGCAGUCCUGACUCUGAAGAUGGUGACUCAGCAGUCCUGACUCUGAAGAUGACUCGGCAGUCCUGACUCUACUUUCCUCAAGUGCUCUUUGACAAUCUUGUUCGCCCUGUACUGUAACCACGUUGAGGGACAUUUGUUUAUUAUGGCUGUUGGAAACAAUAAAGGCAGUUGUUUCCUAAG